AUGAGAAAAGAGAUGACAUCAUAUGACUGUAAUAUCUGUACAAAAAGUCAAGUUGCUGUGCACAAACGUAUUCAUACAGGAGAGAAAUCAUAUCAGUGUGUUAUCUGUGGUAAAUCAUUCUCUCGAAGUAAUAAUUUAACUAGACACAAUCGUGUUCAUACAGGAGAGAAGCCAUAUGACUGUGAUAUCUGUGGUAAAUCAUUCUCUCAAAGUAAUGACUUAACUAGGCACAAACGUAUUCAUACAGGAGAGAAGCCAUAUCACUGUGAUAUUUGUGGUAAAUCAUUCUCUGAAAGUACUGCCUUAACAAAACACAAUCGUGUUCAUACAGGAGAGAAACCAUAUCAUUGUGAUAUUUGUGGUAAAUCAUUCUCUCGACGUAAUGACUUAAAUAUACACAAACGUAUUCAUACAGGAGAGAAAGCAUAUCCCUGUGAUAUCUGUGGUAAAUUAUUCUCUCGAAAUAAUGACUUAAAGAAACACAACCGUAUCCAUACAGGAGAGAAGCCAUAUCACUGUGAUGUUUGUGGUAAAUCAUUCUCUCAAACUAGUAGCUUAAUGAAGCACAAACGUAUUCAUACAGGAGAGAAACCAUACCACUGUGAUAUCUGUGGUAAAUCAUUCUCUAGCAAUGGUCACUUAUCUACACACAAAUAUAUUCAUACAGGAGAGAAGCCAUAUCAUUGUGAUAUCUGUGGUAAAUCAUUCUCUUACAAUAAUAGCUUAACAAAACACAAAUAUAUUCAUACUGGAGAGAAACCAUAUCAUUGUGAUUUCUGUAGUAAAUCAUUCUCUGACAAUAGUAACUUAACAAAACAUAUACGUCUUCAUACGGGAGAGAAACCAUAUGAUUGUGAUAUCUGUGGUAAAUCAUUCUCUCGCAGUAAUCACUUAACUGGACACAAACGUACUCAUACAGGAGAGAAGCCAUAUCACUGUGAUGUCUGUGGUAAAUCAUUCUCUCAAAGUACUGACUUCAAAAGACACAAGCAUAUUCAAACAGGGGAGAAAGGAAAAGAGUAGUUUCUAUGGUUUCUUGUUUUCUAUAUUUAUUUAAUAUUCUUGUGUUGUAAAUUGUGGUGAAAGUAUUUUCAAGAAUUUUAUAUUUUACCAUUUGUUUAUGCAGUUUCCUUUCCAUGUUGUAAGGACAUCUUAUACCAAAUCUCCUGACAGCCCCACACAUUGUUCUUUCUUGAAUAUCGCAUCCUGUAAUCACAGCAUAUUUUAUUGUUUAUUGUAUUUUAAAAGCUUCCCUCAUUAAAUACGUUAUACAAU